ACUCGCUUCCAUAACAUCUAUUAGUGUCAAGUUACAAAUAAGUGAUAUAUACGCCUAAAAUUUUGUGGAUUUCAAGACAAAACACGUACACUCAAUAGGAAAUUACAUUUUGUUGAAGAUAAAUGCGUGCCGUAGUCAAGCCUUUAAGUGCCCGAGCAUGCGGCGACAGAAAUGCCUCAUCUCAUCUCUCCAGCUACUUCUCUCCACAUUAUACUGAAACAUCUGUUUGCCCUCAGAUAUCUGGUCAUUAUUAGCUGCAUUAGUUUCACCUUCUCAGUUCUCUGGAUUGAAUCCAUUAACAGAAAGAAUUUGCCUUCCAUCAACGAAAAUAUUGUUCAAGAGGCCAUCGAAAAUGUGGCCAGAGAUAUUAGAUACCUCGACGUUUAUCGUAGUGUGCAAAAUUUACCAAAGCAACUCAAAUAUAUACUUCUAUGGACAUCAAAAGACUUUUCACCAUUCUAUUUCUUCGGAAAUGGGCAACGGGGCUUCCUCAAUAAUAACUGCUCGGUGAUAAACUGCUAUGUUACAGAUGAUAGGAACUUUUUCAAUGGUGAUAUUACAAAGUUUGAUGUGAUAGCUUUCAAUGGACGCAAUAUGAAACCGUAUAAUCUUCCAAGAGUAAGAGCACCACAUCAGAAAUACAUUUACAUAAAUAUGGAGUCCAAUGAUAACUAUCCUGUAUGCAGUGAGAAAUUUGAUAAUUUCUUUAAUUUGACAUCAACUUACAGAUUAGAUUCCGAUAUUCCUUAUCCGUAUAUUUUAGUUAGAAAUGCUAAUGGAGAUAAAGUUGGACCGAAGAUAGAUAUGGAAUGGGAAAGAGAUAUGGUAGAUGUUGAUGAAUUGCCUUAUACAUUACAUAAUAAGAGCAAAGCUGUAGCUUGGUUCGUAUCACAUUGCUAUAGCAAAAGUGGUAGGAAUACAUUUGUGAGAAAGUUGCAGAGAGCGUUAGAACCUUACGGUUUGGACGUUGAUAUAUACGGUUCGUGUGGAAGUUUACAAUGCCCGAGAGAACGUCAGUCAGAAUGUGAUAUUAAAUUAGAGAAGGAAUAUUAUUUUUAUUUAACGUUAGAGAAUUCGUUUGAUAAGGAUUACGUUACUGAGAAACUGCUAACUGCCUUGCAACACAACAUUGUACCAAUCGUGUAUGGAGGUGCUAAUUAUUCCAGGUUUCUUCCACCAGGCUCGUAUCUGGAUGCUAAGCAGUACACCAUUCCACAGCUAGCUGCUACCAUGGCACAACUCAUCAACUCGCCGAAGCUGUACCGCAGUUAUUUCAGGUGGAAGUACUAUUAUUCGUACCACGACCCACAGGCAGUAGAAAACGUUUGUGAUAUUUGCGCAGCGUUGAACAACGAAACUCUUAUGCAAACACCAAAGGUGUACAUUGAAUUUAGAACGUGGUGGAAUCCAAAUUAUUCUGAGCGGUGCUAUUUUUGGACCGUUCUCGCUGGUAGUAUUUGAUAAAAAUGUAUUUAGCAGUUUACGCUUGACGUCAUUUUAUAACGAUACAGUGUUAGUCGUAAAAGAUAUAUUUAUAUCAAAAACCAGGUAG